AUGGUCCAACUCGAAGAAGUCGAGGAUGCGGAGCUCGACCAAGCCCAACCCGGUCCCGUCGGAGACGACUACGACUCCGACGACUUUGUCGACACGGAUUCCGAGCUCUCAGACGACGAAAUCAUAUCAUCCGGCCCCCCCCGCCGAAUCAAUCACAGACCGCCUCCUCGCCCUGCGCGACAUCCUGCCCCCCCGCUACCGACGCGCCCUCUCCUCCACGCUCAGCUCCACGCUCUCGGCGACGAAGACGGGCGCCUGGUGGGGCGGCAAGGGCCUCUGGGUGUUGACGACGGGCGCGGUGAUGCUGAGCGUGCCGUUCGCGGUGUGCAUGGUGGAGGAGCAGCAGAUUAUGGAGCAGGAGCGGGAGAUGAAGGCGCAGGAGGGGGCGAGGGAGGUGUUGGUGCCGGGGGGUGGGGGCGGGGCCGGGCGCGGGGGGAGUGGGUUGUAGGAAGGGGGGUAGGGUGUGUGCCCAGGGUGUUGUGUGUGAGAGGUUUAGGGGCGACGAGGGAGGGUGGUUCGGUGGGUGCCAUACAUCGUGCCAGCUGUGGAUUGGCUUCAGAAUCUUUCAUGACAUCCACAGAUGUAUCCAACCAAAGCGGCUUCCAGACCGAUGGCUGCCUAUCAGAUACAGCGUGA